ACACAGAGCAGCUUCCCUAAGAGAACAAAGAUGAAAGUGCUGGUGAUCCUCGCGUGCCUUGCCUUUGUAUCGGCCACCCAAAAGAAGAGGGAGGCCGAAGCUGACCCCGGUGAUCUUGGCCAUGGCGCCGUAGUCGCCCAUUCCGUUACCCAUACCCACCAUGGGCAUGGCCACGGGCAUGGCCACGGGCACGGCCAUGGAUUCGGUCACGGCUUCGGACACGGCAUUGGACAUGGCAUUGGGCAUGGCAUUGGACAUGGACAUGGACAUGGACAUGUCGUCGAACACGUUAGCAUUGGGCAUGAUCACGGAUUCGGACAUGGGCAUGGCCAUGGAUUUGGACACGGGCAUGGCCAUGGAUUCGGACACGGGCAUGGCCAUGGAUUCGGACACGGGCAUGGGCAUGGUUUGGGACACGGUCACGGGCAUGGCCAUGACCACAGCGUCCACGUCGUCGAACACGUAAGCCACGGGCACGGACACGGACACGGCCACGGGCACGAUCACGGACACACCAUCGUCCACGGAGACAUCGGACACGGCGUUGGCCACGGCUUCGGUCACGGCAUUGGUCACGGAAUCGGACAUGGCAUUGGUCAUGGCCACGGUCUCCACGUGUCUUACGGAUACGGGCACGGGCACGGGCACGGACACGGACACGGGCACGAUCUUGGUCACCACGGAGGCCUCUACGGAUCUGGAGCCGCUUUCGGUUACAAGACGGCCGUUGAACAUCCUGGCUACGGCCACUCAUACCAGAGGAGGCAUGGAUACGUCAGUCCACACUACGGAUACGGAUACGGAUACCACUAAGUGAAUCUCUGCCUGUCCUAUUGAGGCUGCUCUGUGACGCCUGGUGAAGAUUAGAGACAGUGGCCUGUUUCUUCACUGAUCUAGCAUCCGAUACGCCUAGGUUAGUCACGAAUGUAUAUUACUGUAUAUUGAUUAUGGUACGACUUGCAUAGCAAUAAAAGUUAACGUAAACACAA